AUGACGAAGCAAAGGCUAUCUUCACUAGACUACCCUAGUACAAUACCGGCAAAUCUAUUCAAUCUUGACCUCAGUCUAGCGAUCGACAAGUUCCAACCGGGUGUACACUCACUGGAAGAACUAAAACCUGUAAUAUCUGUGGUGAAAAGAGCCCAGCAUAGGAAGAGAAAUACUGGUAAGACCAAGAACCCCCGGUGUGUGUCUAUGCCCAUUUUACCCCGAACUUUAAAACUGAUACAAGAAAUUAAGGAACAGGAAAGCAGCCACACGGAAAAUAAGCAAUUUGCUCAAUAUAAAGUAAAAGAUUUGCCAAAACUACCCAGUUUUCCAAAAUUAGCAUCGUUACCACCACCUCCCAUAUUACCACCAAAAAGAAAAUAUAGUAGAAGAAUGCAUAAGCCGAGCAGCAGAUCGGUUUCCAUGUUCCCACUGAGUUACAAUGUCAGUAGUACAUAUAUGGCAGUUCCAGUGGGUCCUGUUAACUAUACUUCACCUACUCAAGAUAACAGCAAUGGGGUUGCAGACGAUAUACUAGAUGAUGACUGCGAAUCUGAAACAGAAAUUAAGUCAAACUUCAAUUCCAAAUUUAAGCCGGUGUCUAAGUCAAAUUCGGUCAAGACGUACAGGAGUGCGACAAUUAGCACCACAAAGACUUCAGGAAGCUCCUACUACAGUACGACUGAUUCGUACGACUCAGAGUUCGACUCGGACUCGGGGUCUCUGUUGUCACUAACUCUGACAAAGUCUGCACUGCAAAUGAAUGUCAGUCCACCAAUACCAUCACUGAGCCAGGUUAAGCAGAUUUCUGACAGCUUGGCAAGGCCUAAGUAUAUCAUUGUAGAUGACGACGAUGAAGAAGAAAGCAUGCUCUCUGACAUUACUAUCUCUGCCGGAAAUGCUCGAAUUAAUGGUUCGAAAGCAUAUUUAGCUCCAGAGAGUGAAAUAAGCAGCAGCAGCUGUAGUAGUGAUAGUGGUAGCAGUAGUAGUUCGUUUUAUUCAGACUCGGAUGACGACUUAUCUACAGAUUUAUCUACAGAUUUAGGCUCAACUACAGAUGACAUGACUGAGCUGGAUUUGGAUACUCUGGACCUGGAAUUCCUGCAACUGGAUUCUGCACUGGUACAUUCCGAUAUAACAGUCACAAGGAGGCUUCUGCAUGUCAGUGAAUCCAGUGAAAGAAGUGGCAACAGUGAGAAGAGUAAAUCUGGUUCGAUAAGUAGCGAAACUCCAACCAUAAAAAAUGAAAAGUUACUUAAAUUUGUUGAGAGUUAUCUUGUCGACGUUAAUGAAGAGCUUCAAAUCAGGAAAGCUAGCCACGAGGUUGAUACCAAAGUCAAUGAAGUGAUAGGGAGUUUAAAUUCGCGUGGCCCGGUCUACCCAGACAAUGACUCUCAUUAUAAAAGUUCAAUCAACGCUCCGAGCAGUUACAAUGAUAGCUUGUUCAGUUCUAAGUCUUCAGCCAGAGUUUCCUAUAAAGACGAUCAUGAACCAAGCCCAUUAACUAAAGAGUUACCACAACCCCCACCUCCAAUCGAAGAAGUUUCCAGGAGUGUUUCCUUAUUGGAAGUUGCUCAAAGGCCUCAAAAGUUUGUAACUACCAAGCCUGUACCGCCGCCCGUCGUACUUCCUCCCCCACCCAUAAAAGAAAAUCAUUCUACUCCACAGGUGACAUAUUCAACACCUAUGAGGAUGCAGCAAUUUGAUGAGCUCGAUUGGUCUCCGGAAAUACAACCUUUUACUGUUUCUGAAAAAGUGUCACCAGACGAAACAAAGCCGCUCAACAUUAAAAAGACAAGAGGAUCCCAGGGGGCCCCAAGGGACCCAAUGAACAGAUACUCAACUCAGUCGUAUACAUCAGUUUCAAGUGGAUCCACCUCUUCUUUCAAAGAUGCGACACAGAGCCUUAAAGAACAUGUUAGACAGCGACCAUUCAGCUUCACUUUAGAUUCAGGUAAAGACUAUGCAUCCUCAAGGUAUUUCACCCCUGAAACUCUAAAGGCUAACAGCAACAAGAGAUGGUUUUCUGAUAACAAGAGGUAUAGCGCUCCUGUAAUGGAUAGCAGCCUAAUGCAGAUGGGUGGCAGUGCUUCUACCACCAAUAGUUCCCAUAUAAAAGGUAGCACUUCAAGCAACAAUGUGGCUAAUACAAGUAGCGGUAAUUUCAGCAUUCAAGAGAGAAAUUCUCUGGAAAAUUUCAAAAGUUUGGCUCCUCCUAGACCUAUAGCCAAAGACAAAAGAUGGGUUAGCGAAUACAGCUUCAAACUUCCUGCUCAAAGCCCACAAAAGACAAAGCCAAGUAAACCUAGUCAACCAAAUAACAUUAAUAGCAUAAAAAUGGGCAAUCGGGGUCCAGUCAAUGAAACAAAAUCUUCAUCGACAAAUAUAAAAGGGGUUCCAGGAUUGGGAUAUAAUCCGGAACAAGUUCCAGACUCUCCAAGAAGUAGACAAAAUAGAUUUGGAGAUAGGGACACAUUUCGUCAUACAUCAUUACCAGUAUAUAGGUAG